GGAGAAGAUUACGUCACCAUUUCAUCUGAUCAUGAACUUUGGGAGGCAAUAGUCUUCUUUGAGAAGAAAUUUAAAACAGGCGGCGAAGACUUACCGGUACCCAUAUAUAUAUCAUCCGAAGACUCAUUUUACACUUCAAUUAUUCCAGUUUCACCGGUCAUUUCUGGCACUCCUAGUGCCGACCCCUCUUCUCUUAAAGCUUCUCUCUUGUGCCAAAAAUGGAAUGAUCCCAUCCCAGAUUGGGAAUCUGUUGAAGCUAAUGGCGAUGGGCACUCAGAAUCAGCUCGUGCUCCUCAAACUUCACGUGGUCAAUCUUUUCUUAAUUGUGUGCUGGACGAAGUCAAUGAUAAUCUUGCUACACUAACUGAUCGAUGUUUGUGUGACAAUUAA